AUGACACCAGCGCUGGCGUCGUCGUCCCAAGCCACGCCGUCCAUCGACCCAAGGCUUUUUAGCGAAGACUCUGGCUACGGGCACGCAGACGACGCACAACAUGAAGACGCAAUAGUAUCCCACGAGUGGGCAUCAGUCGAUGGGAAGACCGCCCUCCCCGGAUUCGACUUACCGCUCAAUUUCUAUCUCGCAACUUCUCCCCGUGCGGGGCCUGAGGACCGACCUUUUCCGAACGCGCUGCAUCCGGCGGACAUGAACCAGCGUCAUUCAGCGCUCCUUCUCACGACUAUCCGCGAGUUCAAGAUGCUCCGAAUCAUGAACCAAAUCACCGAUAAGCCAGAAUGGGAUGAAAAGGUGACGCGUCCCUUUGUCGUCCACAGAUGGACCCAAGAGGUCCUAGCGACUGAGGAUGCAGAUGUCGAACAGAAGAUGAUGGACUGGGUCUUUGCUGAAUUGCGUUACAAGGCUCGAGUCUUUCAUGAAACCGGAGUCGUCUCUGUCUAUACUGGCGAUGUCAUAAAGUGUGACACCGCCUUGAACGAGUCGUUUAAGCACGAACUUCAGGCCGCAGUGAAGCCUCUUGAAGACGUCCCUGAGCGGGAACAAGACUGGCAUCCGGGGUCGGAUGACAAGGUGCUUGACCUCGUUCACCCGUCUCUCUUCCCGCUUGUGUACGGUCGCUCGAAGAUCCUUGAGAGUGGACGAACUAUACUGGAAGACUGCGCCGAAAUGUGCGGUCAAGGCGUUGUUAUUCCCCUCCCACCUGAGGAAGAGAAGACAAUGUACCUUUAUACAGAGAAACACGCCUAUAGUCGCAACUUCCAAUGGCUGCCGUGCGAGGUCGAUAUCUCAACGAACAAAGCCAGGAUUACGAGCUAUAUCAACAACCUCCAUCCUGCGAAAUAUAAGGCGCUCUACAGAUUGAUCGAACAGGCCAUCGACGCGGCUAUCCCCCUCUGGAAUGCGACUCUCGCGCCAACUCUCGCAGAGUGGAGAACUCGUAUCAAUUAUCGACAGAGUAACAGAAUUGUGAGACCAGAGCCAGGGCAGUUUUGGCCUCCUGUCGACCCACCGCGCUUGGACCUGCGUAGAAAAUUCAAGACAAAGGGCUUGCAGGUUAUCGUCAAAUUGGCCAAUAUCCACCUUACGCCUGAGAACCCAAGAUACGACGGAGGGAGCUGGCACGUCGAAGGACAACUGAAUGAGCACAUCUGUGCCACAGCGCUUUACUACUACUCAAGCGAGAAUAUCACCGAAAGCGAGCUCGCCUUCAGACAACAAUCGGACACGACGGAUGCCCACAGUAUUUACACUCGUGAUGACGACAGGCUGCUGAAGGUGAUCUACGGUUGUAAAAGCGAUGGGCCGGGCACCCAGCUUGUUGGCACUGUAAAGACGAAUGAGGGUCGGCUGCUUACCUUCCCGAACAUUCUUCAGCAUCGGGUCCAGCCUUUCGAGCUCCAGGACCCAACCAAGCCGGGUCAUCGCAAGAUUCUCGCUCUCUUCCUUAUUGACCCCCAUUUCCGCGUCAUCAGCACGGCGAAGGUUCCUCCUCAGCAGAAGGAUUGGUGGGUAGAACGUCUGGAGAAGGAACAUACACUGCUAGAUACCCUUCCAAGGGAGUUAAAGGACGCGGUGUUCGGCGAGGUCAAGGAUAGCUUCCCUAUUGAUUUGAAAGAGGCAAAGGAGUUCCGAGAGAAGUUGAUGGAAGAAAGGAAGGCGUUCCAAGUCAGACACAAUGAUGCUUUUAAUUUUACGACGGAGUUCUCGCUCUGCGAGCACUGA